AUGUAUAUGACCAACAGCAGUAGAAUGAGUGAAUUCAUACUCCUGGGACUGACUGACAACCCGAAGCUGGAAGUCCCCCUGUUCAUAACAUUCAUGCUCAUCUAUCUCAUCACACUGACUGGGAACCUAGGGAUGAUUGUGUUGAUAUGGCUGGACUCUCGUCUCCACACACCCAUGUAUCUUUUCCUCAGUAACCUCUCUCUGGCAGACUGUGUUUACUCCUCAGCUGUGACUCCAAAAGUGAUGGCUGGGCUUCUCACAGGGAAUAAAGCUAUCUCUUAUGGGGGUUGUGUUGCUCAAAUGUUCUUCUUUGUGACCUUUGCCAGUGUUGACUGUUUCUUACUUGCUGUCAUGGCUUUUGAUAGGUAUGCUGCAGUGUGCAAGCCCUUACAUUACACUACUACCAUGACUGCUAGUGUGUGUGCCCACAUGGUGAUUGGCUGCUAUGUAUUUACCUUAGCUGAAUCUUCUGUCUAUACUGGAUUUAUAUUUGAUCUUUCCUUCUGCCAUUCUAAUGUGAUUCAUCACUUUUUCUGUGACAUCCCUCCAAUAUUGGCACUUUCCUGCUCUGAUAUCUAUGUGAAUGAGGUUGUGUUAUUUAUCAUAACAUCCUUCAAUGUCUUUUUCGCUCUGAUGGUUAUCUUGACCUCCUAUGCAUUCAUAUUCGUUGCUAUCCUGAGGAUGCGUUCAGCAGAUGGACGGAAGAAAGCUUUCUCUACUUGUGCAUCCCAUCUCACUGCUGUGACCAUAUUCUAUGGAACUAUAAUCUUCAUGUACUUGCAGCCCAGUUCUAGUCACUCCAUGGACUAUGACCAAAUGGCGUCUGUGUUCUAUACCAUAGUAGUUCCCAUGUUGAACCCAAUUGUCUAUAGCUUAAGGAAUAAAGAGGUUCAUAAUGCUUUCAAGAAAGCCAUUGGGAAAUUGAAGUCCGCUCAACAAAAAGUUCUAAAUAGAGAUUUAUACAAUUUGUAUAACUAA